UUAUAAAUCUAGAUUCUUCUUUCUACUCCCGUCCCCUUUGAGAGGAGGACGAAGGGAGGAACAGCUCCCCGCUUUUCAUGUCGUUUAUCUUCCAUCGUUAUGGAACCCAAAUCGCAACAGGGAGUUAACAGUCCCCCACUAAAACCUUGGGAGCGAGCUGGGACCUCGUCUGGUCCUGCACCUUUUAAACCCCCAUCACCUGGUAGCACAAGUGAUGUAGUUGAGGCUUCAGGAACUGCUAAACCUGGAGAAGUUGUUUCAAAUGCUGACGGGAAUGCAACUGUACACAGAAACAGUCUUGGUCGGCCUGUACCCACCAGGCCCUGGCAACAGAACUAUGGAAGCAGUUAUGGAGGUGGUUAUAACUCGAGCUUAAAUUAUAACUCAGGCUAUGGAUCUGGAACGUAUGGUUCAUUAGGUGGAAUGGGUGGAACAUAUGGUGGUGGAAUGUAUGGAAACUCUAUGUAUAGUGGGGGUUAUGGUGGCCUUUAUGGAGGAUCUGGAAUGUAUGGUGGGGGAAUGCACAAUGGUGGUUAUGGAGGCCCUAUGGGUGGUUAUGGAGUGGGCAUGGGAGGUCCUUAUGGUGGUCAAGAUCCAAAUAAUCCAUUUGGGGCUCCUCCAUCACCACCAGGCUUUUGGAUUUCUUUCCUUAGGGUGAUGCAAGGUGUGGUAACCUGUUUUGGUAGAAUUUCAAUACUAAUAGACCAGAAUACCCAGGCAUUCCAUAUGUUCAUGACUGCACUUCUUCAGCUCUUUGAUCGCUCUGGGAUGUUAUAUGGGGAGCUUGCAAGGUUCGUCUUGAGAUUGCUAGGGAUCAGGACAAAGCCCAGGAAAGUUCAUCCACCAGGGUCCGAAGGGUUACAAGGUCCCCACCAUCCCCAUGGUGGCCAAAACUACAUUGAGGGACCGAAAUCUGCUCCAGCUGGUUCAUGGGACAAUGUCUGGACAGAUGAUGCAAGUAAAUGAAUGCGACUUUUCAUACUCACGCAGCAGUGAAAGAGAAAGCCAGAGUUGCAGCCUGUUCAGAGGUGAGAAGAGACUCUAGCAUUGCAUUUGUAGAUUGGUCCUUGCAUUGGAGGAGAUCAAACUUCCAGACAGGGAAAGAAAUGUUUAACCCCCACUUUUUUAAUUUCAGGAGAGGUGCUGUAGCCCAAGGAGACAACAAUUACUCAUCCUUUCAGUUUGUUCAAUCUUGUAAGAACAUUUGAUAAAACGGGAAAAUUGUCUGGACAUGAUUUUGAUUACAUAUAUUGGCUCUAGGAGUAGUGUAAGCAACCCUUGCUUGUUUUUCGUAAAUAAUGUGUCAUAAUGCACCUUUUGAUA